AUGUCGGCUGCCGACUCGCCAGACUUACCCUCGCACUCUACCGCCGAGGGCUCUGCUACACGCCUCCUACCUCGCCUGACUCUGCCGUUACCGGAGGCAAUCCAUAAUCGUUCUCCAUCUGAUGACCGGCCUCGGGGUGGCACAGCGCGCACGCCAGGCACGCGCACACCGCGUCGAGUUCAGUGGGCGCAGGCCGUCGACGACGACGACGUAGCGCGCGCAAACCGCGCCAGGGAUCGUGGUGCCGAUGGUGUACACUCGCUGGAUGAGGCGGGUCUCGAUCCCGAAGCUUUCCAGACCCUUGCCAAAGCUCUGGAGCGGGCCCGCUCUGAGGCCACCACGGCCAAAGCCUCCGGAUCUCUGCCUCAACAACCUGCACCGACAAACUAUCCUCACUUCCCUCAUACCCUGCCAUCCCUUCCAGAGCAACGGCCCGCUGACCAGCGCGACGAUCAGCAACACCAAGGGGAUUACUUCUCGCAGCGAAGAUCUACGCUCGCACCGCCUUCGCAAUCCACAUUAAACGACGACACCGUGGCGACGGAUUCUCCAGAAGCUUUCCACCGGGUACAGCCGCACGACUGGCACGGAGAAGUCUAUGUUGAUCCCAACGAACGCGCCGGUCUGCCUGGGCCCCCUCCCGACAGUGCGUCUUCCAUGGUCCGGGCGCACACCCAUCGUCGGCGGGUCUUCCCUUCUUUUCCGAAGAUCCGUCUCCCGAAAAGGAAGACGCCCAAGCCAGAGCCAGAGACCGAGAAGGCACCAGGGCCUAGCGAUCUAGAGCAUCUCGCUGCUCGUCGAUCAUCCGCGGGCAAUGGCAUGAACGUUGGUGGCGGUAUCUUGUCCGCCCUGCUCGCGUUGUACGACCAAGACGAGCAUGAUCACGAUGAACUCAGCUCGGGCUACUCAACGCCGGCACGCCAUCGGUCACCGGCCCGGCGUUACCGUAGCCACUCUCGGUCCCGUAGCCGCAAUGCCUCUCGAGAGCGCGAGGCGACGCUGUCGCACGACUCGCCAUCCAGCCGUUCACCGACGUCGAAGCGCUUCUCCCUCCCGGAUGUGAGCAAGCUCAUGGGAGAGGUUCGGCCCCCGAAGGAGCGCAAUGGAGCUGGUGUUUUUGGUUCCUUGAUCGCGACCACAGCUGGCGCCGCCGCCGGACCCGCUGCUCCUGCUACGAGCACCAUCGUGCCUAACCUCAAGCGUCCGGGCUAUCAUCUUACCCGCUACUCCUUCGAAGCUGCCCCUCAACGCGCGACACCGCCCAAAAUUGGGAAUAUUCGUCAUUCGCGGAGUAUGCAGUUCGAACAACGGCCUCCCGGAUCCGAAGGCAGCCCAGAGAGCUUCUCGCCGCCGUACUUGCUCUCGCCGACAGACUCUAUCACUCCGCUACAGCCGUUGGCCGCGAGUAGAUCUCAUGAUGGUGUUAUGUCCAGCGCAACGGCGUCAGCAUCGACGUCCUCGCAGUUCCCCUUCCAUCCGCCAUAUCACCCGACGUCCUCCAAGCACCACUCAACAACGAGUCUCAGCGGCGCACCAGCUUACAAGAGCAAGUGGAGCGAGGUUCUCAGUCUUCCGAAGCGCACUCUUACUGGUCAGCUCUCGCAGCCCACGACGCCUGGCAGCAUCCGCACGCUCGGAACGGAGACGGAGACGGACGGCGAGGAGCUCUGGGAGCACGAUAAGCGCGGCGGACGUAGGCGGGACCGCGAAGAACGUGAUGAGCGUAAGCGGGCCGAACGCAAGCGGCGUAAGAAGAAGGCCGAGAUCUUCAUCACCAGGCAUAUCUCGGACCUCAUCGCGCGACAAACGUUCGUUCUCAAGCUUGCGCGGGCGAUGAUGAUGUUCGGUGGGCCGACGCAUCGUCUCACGAGCCAAUUGCAGAGCACUGCGCGCGUACUGGAGAUCACGCUGUCGUGCAUGUACCUCCCAGACACCAUGCUCAUCUCGUUCGACGACGACAUCACGUCUACCAGCAGCGUCAAGCUCAUCAAGCAGGGCUCUGCGCUUGAUCUCGCGAAACUCACGUACGCGUACAAAGUGUACUGGGCGGUCAUCCACGACGAGAUGAGCGUGAAGGAUGCCUCUAUCAAGCUUGACGAUCUCAUGCGUACAAAGCCGACAUACGGUUCUCUGGCGCUCAUCUUCUUCGGCGGGAUGGCCUCGGCUGCCAUCUGCUCGGUCUCCUUCAGCGGGUCCUUCAUCGACUCUCUCAUCUCUUUCCCUCUCGGGUGCAUCCUCGUCGCCGUUCAGAUCUUUAGCGCGCGCCAUGAGCUGUACUCCAAUGUAUUUGAGAUCACCAUCUCUUGUCUCAUCAGCUUUGUGGCAGCGGCCCUUGCCGAGUCGCAUAGGCUCUGUUACUCUGCUAUCGCAUCCGCAUCGGUUGUGCUUAUUCUCCCUGGAUACCUUGUGCUAUGCGGUUCGCUGGAGCUUUCUUCGCGCAACAUCAUAUCUGGCUCUGUGCGACUGUGCUAUGCAUUGAUAUACUCCCUCUUCCUCGGCUUCGGCCUUGCCAUCGGUGCCGAGGUUUAUACCAAGAUCCGGGGAAUCAAGCAAGUUGUUGGAUCGGAAGACUACUCCUGCUCGGCGUCCCAUGACCCGAGUUUAUGGUGGAGGGCAACGCCGUCCACUUGGUGGGCAUUCCUGACCGUCCCCAUGUUCUCUCUUUUCCUCUCUCUGAGGAAUCACGCGCCUGCGUGGCGUCGGGAGUUGCCGCUACUCGUCUUCAUCUCGUGUUGCGGAUGGGUCACCAACCAUUUCACUGGCCUCGCGUUCCCGGGCCAGGCCGACAUCAGCUCUGCUGUCGGCGCGUUCGCCGUUGGGAUCAUCGCCAACCUUUACGGUCGUAUCUGGAAGGGUAACGCCUUUGUGGUCAUGAUCACCGGCAUCUUGUUCCAACUGCCUUCCGGUCUUGGCAAUGGCGGCCUGCUUACGUUUGCGAGCCAGCAAACGUCGGGCAACAGUACGGCCUACCUAUCCGGCUUUCAGACGGCCCUCCAGCUCAUCUCAACGUGCAUCGGCCUCACCGUGGGCUUGGGAAUCUCACUCGUCCUCAUCUUCCCUAUUCAGUCUCGCAAGCGCGCGGGCGGCGUCUUCAGUCUAUAG